AUGAAUACAUCCAGCAACACGGAAACCACCCUGGGAGCUUCAAUGCCGUUAUAUGCCUUAUAUGCCUUUUUUCAGAGCUCACCUGCGACAUGGAGUCUUAUCGCCGUCUCCUCAUCUAUCAUUUCAUACCUAUUCUUCGCCAGUCCUAUACUCCAGUCUUCUUCAAGCAAGGCCCAGCGGGCCAAGGUUAUGAAGCAAGCAUUCAAGGCUAUCGAGAACCAAACUAUAGCACCUAAGAAUGUAGAGACAAGCAAGCUUAAGGUGGCUCCGUCGAAUACAAUGCAAAUUAGCAAACUCUGGAUAUAUCCUAUUAAAUCCAUCAGAGGAUGCCCUGUUUCUCAGGCGGUGUUGACCAGGGAAGGAUUUUAUUUGGAUCGAAGAUUCAUGCUCCUAAAAGACCUCGAGGAAACCCCUCGCAAGCUUCAAAAUAUGCACGUGCCUGCCUUCCCAAACAUGAGUCUCUUCCAUACGGAAAUCAGAGGCGAGACGCUCAUUGUCAGCUAUCGAAGUCCUGGAACGGCUGAUCCCACCGGCGAGACCCUUGAAGUUCCACUCGAGCCUUCAAACCUGGAAUCGCUGGAAAGGUUGCCUAUUAAUAUGCACGGCAGCCAUACCACGGCUUAUGAUUUGGGCACAGAAUGCAGCAAGUGGUUCUCGGACAGAUUCGGCUUCAAAGUCGUCUUGGCAUACUGGGGAGGAAAUCCACGCCCCGUCCUCGGAAACCUGCCCGGUCAGCCAGCAAAUCAAGGCCGGAAGAAGAAGAACAUAGUUGUGGAAACCGUAAGUCGGAUACCAGUGCUUAGGUCUCUGGUUGAUGACGAUGAUGAUGGAAUUAUUGCGUUCAACGACUGCGCUCCAUAUUUGGUCAUCAACGAGAAAUCAGUUGCCGACGUCUCGACGCGCUUACCAGAGGACAUGGAGAUGGACCACACGAAGUUCAGAGCCAACAUCGUGGUUAAAGGCUCGAGCAAAGCUUUUGAAGAGGAUUUCUGGGGCGAGUUGUCUUUUGGGGAUGAUUCUAAGAUUAUUCUGACAGGAAAUUGUGCGCGAUGCAACUCCCUGAACGUGGAUUACAAUACUGGCGAAGCUGGAAAGGGCAAGGACGGCGAGAUCAUAAAGCUGCUGCAGAAGGAUCGUAGGGUUGAUCCGGGUACUAAGUACAGCCCGGUCUUUGGGAGGUAUGGCUUUGCUAGCAGGGAAUCGGAGGGGAGAGUGCUAAGUGUUGGGGAUGAGGUUUUGGUGUCGAGGAAGAAUGAUGAGAGAACUGUUUUUUAUUGGCCUGGUAUAUCUACAGCUUAA